AUGACAAUGACUUUAAAGAAAGGCGACCCUACCAAAUGCCCUGGCAGCAAACAAAAAAGCAAACCUUGUAAAAAGGGCUCAGCUUGUAAGUACACCCGUGGUGAUUGGUCAUCUUGUGACCCUGUGACCAACAUGAAGAAAAGGAUUUUAAGUCUGAGAAAAGGGGACCCCAAUACCUGUGAAAGAGAAAAGACUUUGACCAAGUUAUGUAGAUCAGUCUGUAAAUACUCACGUGGUGAUUGGUCAAACUGCGAUCCUACAACCAAUCAAAAGACUCGUACUUUGACCCUGAGGAAAGGUGAUCCAAAUAGUUGUGAGAAGGAGAAGAUCAUUACCAAAUCUUGUAAGAGAGUCUGUCAGUACGACAAGGGCGAUUGGUCUGAGUGUGAUCCCAACACAAAGACCAAACAAAGAACCUUGACCUUGAAAGAUGGAAGUGAUGCCUCUUGUCCUGCCACUAAACCCCAAACCCGUGAAUGCAAAGGAGAAAAUAAGGACUGCAAAUAUUCCUAUGGAGACUGGAGCUCAUGUAAUCCAACCAGCAAUAUGCGUAGUAAAACAGGGAAAUUGGACAAAGGUGACCCUGCAGUAUGUGAAGCGACAAAGACAGUGACAAAAACUUGCAGUAUAAAAGGAGGAAAAGGUGGGUAG